AUCUUACAUCUCGUGUAGUCAGUCACCGUGUCAUAUCAUGCAAUCUUAUCCAACCCUAACUUCAGAAAACAAUCCGAUGUCGAAAGAUACGAAGCUAGGAGAAAGGCAAGAUGAAGAAGAAUACGAUCCGUUUGUUGUUCGACAGAUAGCAAAACCUAAUUCAACAACCGGCACGCUGAUCCACCUGAUCAAAGGCUCACUCGGGACGGGAAUCAUGGCUAUGCCAAUGGCUUUCCGGAAUGGCGGCCUACUUUUCGGUUUAAUCGGAUCGGUCGGAAUUUGCUUCAUAUACUAUCACUGUGUGCACUUGUUGGUUGAUACAUCACAAAAGGCAUGUAAGCUGGGUCGCAUUCCUGCUUUGGGUUUCUCUGAAACCGCCGAAGCCGUCAUCAUCAGCGGACCUGCGCCUUUCAAACGAUAUGCGAGCUUUGUUAAAAACUAUAUCGAUUUCAUGCUGGUGGUGCAAAGUCUUCUGAUGCUGUGCCUGUUUCAAAUUUUCAUAGCCAGCUCGUUACGGGAUGUGGUCAACAACCAACAGCAGCUCGAGUGGAGCACGUUGACUUACAUCAUACUGGUCACAAUUCCAAUAGCAUGUAUCACCCAAGUACGAGUUCUAAAAUAUUUGGUACCUUUUUCAGCAUUAGCGAACACAUUGAUGAUCACUGCUUUUAUUAUUACGCUAUAUUUUCUGCUGAGUGUACGGAUAUCUCUGAGCGACAAGGCAUUUUGGCCAGAAUGGAGCAAGCUACCGACCUUUAUAAGUACUGUUCUGUUUGCCAUAUCUGGAAUUCGCUAUGUUCUUCCUAUCGAGAACAGCAUGAAACAUCCACAGCAUUUUUUAGGCAGCUGUGGUGUUCUGACAAAAGCCACUAUAUUUCUCACUUUUUUAUACGCCAUAACUGGAUUCUUUGGAUAUAUUUGCUACGGAGAGAAUACGAAAGCAUCAGUCACGCUGAACCUACCUAGUGAUAGCAGAUUAGCAGAGUCUACUCGCCUGCUCGCAGCCAUCGCCGUUCUGUUUUCCUUAGGCAUCAGCUAUUACGUACCGAUGGAUAUAAUUUGGCGCCGGCUGAAGCACAAAGUUCCAACCGAGCGGAAAAAUGUUACACAAAUUUCGCUCCGAUUUGGUAUCCUCAUUGCACUAACCGCCGUAACGAUUGGUGUUCCCAAGCUCGAACCAUUCGUCGGAUUGGUUGGAUCGGUCUGCUCGGGCAAGCUGGUAGUGCUGGUACCAGCUGUUCUGGACGUUGUAUUCCGGUGGCCGAACAAUUUCGGUCCGUACCGGUGGAGAUUAGUGAAGGACUGUUUGCUGGGAUUGUUUGGACUAUUUCUGCUGCUAACUGGAACUGUUGACAGUGUGAAGAAUAUAAUUGCCAUUUAUCUAUAAGUGUGUGUUUAAACAGUUAUAUAGUUUUAUGAGCAAUAACUAUCCAAUGGAAAUAGUAGUUAGACAACU